UCGCCGGCGAUCUGGAGGCCGCGGCGUGGGCGGCCGAGGAGGAGGAGAAGGUGGCGGUGUUCGAGGUGUCCGGCAUGACGUGCGCCGCGUGCGCCGGCUCGGUGGAGAAGGCCGUCAAGCGACUCCACGGCAUCCAUGACGCCGCCGUCGACGUCCUCGGCUGCCGCGCGCAGGUCGCCUUCUACCCGGCAUUCGUCUCGGAGGAGAAAAUUAGGGAAACCAUUGAAGAUGCUGGAUUUGGAGCUAAAUUAAUUGACGAGGAGGUUAAAGAAAAAAACAUUCUAGUAUGCAGGCUGCACAUAAAAGGAAUGACCUGCACGUCUUGUACAAGUACAGUUGAAUCUGCCUUGCAAGUUAUUCCAGGAGUUCAGAGAGCUUCCGUUGCAUUGGCUACUGAAGAGGCAGAAAUCCGUUAUGAUCGCAGGGUUGUUACUGCUACCCAGCUAGUCCACGCAGUUGAAGAAUCAGGCUUUGAAGCGAUACUGGUCACCACAGGAGAAGAUCGGAGCAGGAUAGACCUCAAAGUGGAUGGCAUUCUUGACGAGAGAACAAUAGCGCUAGUGAAAAGUUCUGUUCAAGCUCUUCCUGGAGUAGAAGACAUAAAAAUUGACACUGAGCUCCAAAAGAUCACCAUCUCAUACAAACCUGACCAGACAGGCCGGGACCUUAUUGAAUUCAUCGAGUCAGCUGCAUCUGGUCAUAUUGCUGUAUCAAUAUAUCCGGAAGCCGAUGGAAGAGAGCAGCAUAGAAAUGUGGAAAUAAAUCGGUACAAAAAGUCUUUCUUUUGGAGCUUAAUGUUCACAGUUCCAGUCUUCCUAACCUCCAUGGUGUUCAUGUACAUCCCAGUGCUGAAGGAUGGAUUGGACAAAAAGGUUAUCAACAUGAUGGGCAUUGGUGAGCUAUUGCGUUGGAUUUUAUCGACACCGGUCCAGUUUGUAAUUGGCCGCAAGUUCUAUACCGGUGCUUACAAGGCGAUCCGCCAUGGCUCGCCAAACAUGGAUGUGCUCAUUGCUCUAGGGACCAACACAGCUUACUUUUACUCUGUUUACUCAGUUCUCCGAGCUGCCACUUCUGAGACUUAUAUGGCAACUGAUUUUUUCGAGACAAGUUCCAUGCUCAUAUCAUUUAUCAUUCUUGGAAAGUACCUUGAGAUAUUGGCAAAAGGAAAGACCUCUGAAGCUAUUGCCAAGCUGAUGGAUCUUGCACCAGCAACUGCAACUGUGCUAACGUACGACCACGAAGGGAAUAUUGCAAGUGAGAAAGAGAUCGACGGUCGGUUGAUUCAGAAAAAUGAUGUGAUUAAGGUCAUUCCAGGUGGGAAAGUUGCUUCUGAUGGAUUUGUUAUCUGGGGCCAGAGCCAUGUGAAUGAAAGCAUGAUCACCGGAGAAUCACGGCCUGUGGCAAAGAAGAAGGGUGACACGGUGAUUGGAGGGACGGUGAAUGAGAAUGGUGUGCUCCAUGUCCGGGCAACAUUUGUUGGAUCAGAGAGUGCCCUGGCACAGAUCGUAAGGCUAGUAGAGUCAGCACAAAUGGCAAAAGCUCCUGUACAGAAGUUUGCUGAUCAGAUAUCUAAAGUCUUUGUCCCCCUGGUCAUUUUUCUUUCUUUGCUCACUUGGCUUUCAUGGUUCUUAGCUGGGAGGUUCCAUAGCUAUCCUAGCUCGUGGAUACCAUCUUCCAUGGAUAGCUUUCAGUUAGCUCUUCAGUUUGGGAUAUCAGUUAUGGUAAUCGCCUGUCCUUGCGCCCUAGGGCUCGCAACUCCCACUGCUGUGAUGGUUGCAACUGGAGUUGGUGCCUCACAAGGUGUUCUGAUCAAGGGUGGGCAAGCUCUGGAGAGUGCGCAGAAGGUGGACUGCAUUGUUUUCGACAAGACAGGAACACUAACGAUUGGGAAGCCUAUCGUCGUCAAUACCAGACUCUUGAAAAACAUGGUGUUACGUGAAUUCUAUGACUAUGUUGCAGCAGCAGAGGUCAACAGCGAGCACCCGCUGGGGAAGGCGAUAGUGGAGCAUGCCAAGAAAUUUUAUUCAGAGGAAAACCAUAGCUGGCCUGAAGCAAGGGAUUUCCUUUCGGUCACUGGACACGGCGUCAAGGCAAAUAUCAGUGACAAGAGUGUCAUUGUGGGCAACAAGAGCUUUAUGUUGUCACUAGGCAUCGACAUCCCUGUGGAAGCUUCAGAAAUACUGAUGGAAGAAGAAGAUAACGCGCAGACUGGGAUCAUCGUGGCUAUGGAUCAAGAAGUUGUGGGCAUAAUCGCUGUGUCUGAUCCAAUAAAGCCAAAUGCUCAUGAAGUGAUAUCAUACCUCAAGUCAAUGAAAGUGGAGUGUAUAAUGGUGACCGGGGACAACUGGGGAACUGCCAAAGCCAUCGGCAGAGAGGUUGGCAUCGAAAAUAUCAUGGCUGAAGCAAAACCAGAGCACAAGGCUGAGAAGGUGAAGGAACUUCAGCUGUCUGGAAAAACAGUAGGGAUGGUUGGUGAUGGAAUCAACGACUCCCCAGCGCUGGUGGCAGCUGACGUCGGGAUGGCGAUUGGCGCAGGCACCGACGUUGCCAUCGAAGCUGCGGACAUCGUCCUCAUGAAGAGCAACUUGGAGGAUGUGAUCACUGCCAUCGAUCUGUCCAGGAAGACCUUCUUCCGCAUACGGAUGAACUACGUCUGGGCUCUCGGCUACAACAUCAUGGGCAUACCGAUCGCUGCUGGGGUGCUGUUCCCGUCAACCCGGUUCCGCCUGCCACCCUGGGUCGCCGGAGCUGCGAUGGCGGCAUCCUCCGUCAGUGUCGUCUGCUGGUCCCUGCUGCUGAGGUACUACAAGAGGCCAUUGGUUAUACAGGAGCGACAGACAUAGAAAACUACCGUAUAUACAGAGUGCUAGCAUACAAACUGUAGUUACAUGGAAUGUAACUCCGUGGACAUGGAUAACGGCAAGGGCAGCAGUUCUGUAAUGUAAAUAUGUACUAUAACUGCUGGAUAGCUGGCCGGGAUAUGUAGUUUUCUUACAAGUUACAUCACUUCAGUAGUGUUUGCGAUAGAUUUGGAGCGCGAGUAUCCCACUGUUCUUA